CCAUGGCCCUCAGCAGCCCGGCCCUGCCGUCGGGCUCGCUCACGCCGGCCUUCUUCACUGCACAGACGCCCGGUGGCCUGCUCCUGACCCCGAGCCCCCUGCUGUCCGGCAUCCACUUCUGGAGCAGCCUGAGCCCCGUGGCCCCGCUGAGCCCCGCCAGGAUGCAGGGGCCCAACACGCUGUUCCAGUUCCCCACGCUGCUCAACGGGCACAUGCCGGCGCCCAUCCCAGGCCUGGACAGAGCGGCCUCCCCCGUCCUGCUUUCCUCGAGCUCUCCGAAGUCCUGAUGACGUCUGGCCACGAUCACGGACUAACUGACGGAACACACCUGUCCCCACGGGCGAGGUGCCCUGUGUCACGGAGGACACGCGAAGCCCUGUUCAUGUGGUUUGCACUUUUCAUAACACAGAUAUUCUAGACUUAUGCCAGCAUUUUAAAACUGGGGUUUUUUUUAUAUAUUCAAGUAUAUAUGGAACUCUGUUUUGCAUUAAGUGAAUUUUUAAUGUUUUUGUUUUUAUAUCCUCUUAGCUCUUAAGUGUUGAACACUGUUGACAGUGGAGUUUUUUUUUAAUGGUUUUCAGUAUCACUAAUAAGGAUGUGAAGCGUUUCUCCUUGAUCCCGCUUACGCUAACUGUGCUUUACUAUAACCAGCUGUGCCUUCCUCUGCAUUUAGUUCUACGUAAAUGACUUCUAUAUUGUUUAGUGUUAAGAGAAAUGGAAGAUGGGACUUCGUGUCCCACAGCUCUGUAGUAGAAUGUCCCUGUUUUUUGCAAGCGGGCGGCGUGAGCGCGCACUCCCGUCACUUUGCUUUCCUGCUUUCGGUUGUAUACGGAUUGCCUUAGAGCCACUUUUAAACCGAAACUCAGUAAACGUAAUGUCCAAGUAAUGUUUUUAUAAGAAUAAACUCAGCCAUAUUUAGACAAUAAACAUUCACCAAGCCAAA